GUUAGAUGAGUUAUUUUUUAAUUUUAGUUUGUGCAUUGGUGGGCUAUUCAGAAAUCAUAAAUGAGAAAAUUAGUCAAUUACCAUAAGAUUAUAAUCAUAAAUGGUAUGGUGGAUAUUUGAAUGACAAUCAAAUAUAUUACUAAUUAAUGACAAGUUAAUCUGAUCCAGAUUCUGAUCCAUUAUUUAUGUGGAUGUAAGGAGGACCAGGUUGUAGUUCAUUAUUUGGAAAUUUCUAUGAAAUAGGUCCUUUUUAAUUCAAACCUUUAUCAAAUGAAGUAUUCUCAAUUAUUCUAUCUAGUCAUUUAUCAAUCCAUAUUCUUGGAAUAAAAAAGCUAAUUUACUCUUUCUUGAAUUGCCAAAGGGAGUUGGAUUCUCAAAUCCAUCUAAAUAUUAAAAUGAUGCAUCUGCUGCCUAAGAUGCUUUAGAUGCUCUAUUAGAUUUUUUUGUUUAAUUUCCAAACUAUGAAAAUAGACCUUUAUAUAUUGGAGGAGAAUCUUAUGCUGGAAUGUAUAUUCCAUAUCUUGCAUCUUUAAUUAUUAAUUAAUCUAAAAAUACUAUCAAUCUUAAAGGAAUUCUAAUUGGAAAUGGAUGUACUUUAGGUUCUGAAUGCACAGAUUAAAAAUAGUUACCUUUAUUCACUAGCAAAUAUUAAUUUAAUAUUUAUUUCUAAAGAGGAUUACUUAGUCUAGAAGACAAGUAAACUAUAUAUUAAUUAUCAAUAGAUAAAACUAUCAAUAAUUAUGUUUAGAUUUUAUCUCUCCAAGAUGUAUAGAAUUAUAAAAAUAAUUACUUGCGAAAAUAUAAUAUUCUAGAGUAGAUAUUAAUAACUUAUUGGGUGAAUGCUAUCAUAAUGAUCCUGAUGUUUAAUAAGGAAAUGGAUAAAAUAAAAGAAAUCAUUAAAAUAAACAUAAGAAAUUCUUACAUUUAAAAGGAAUUACCGAACUACCAUGCAAUUAUGAAUAUGGCAAUUACUUUAUGUUAAAUAACAAAACUGUAUAGGAUAUUAUACAUGCCAAACAUAUGAAAUGGGGAUCUUGUAGUUCAAGUUUAGAUUUCAAAGAAGAUGAAUAAGGAUCAUAUCGUUUUUAUUCUCAAUUUCUACAUUAUGGACUUAAGAUUUGGAUUUACAGUGGAGAUGUUGAUAGCAAUGUACCAAUAACAGGAACUUUAGAUUGGAUUUAAAUGUUGGUUAAAGAAUAAAACCUUUAAGAGAGUGAUCCAUGGAGAGCUUGGUAUAUUGAAGGAAAGAAACCAAAAUAAAGAUAAGUUGGGGGAUUAACUUGGGAAUUUAAUAAAUAAUUAAGAUUUAUUAGUGUAAGAGGAGCUGGACAUGAGGUACCAUUUUGGAAACCUUAAGCUGCAUAUGUUCUAUUUGAUAACUUUAUUUAUAAUAACACAAUUUGA